AUGGAACACAAAGUAGAUCCAAGAUUAUGGGGUGAUUUUAUGACAAUGUUCAUCAAAGCAAUCUCAAAAGACACAGAACCCACUGAAUUGAUUAAAAGCUUAAUUGAAAAUUUUUUCAGAGAUUGUAGAAUAGAUAUGUUUACCUUAACACCUGAAAGAUCUAAAGAUAUACUUAAAAUUGAUGAUAUUAAUAAAGAGAUUAAACAAAGGCAAAGUUUGAUAGACAAAAUUAAACAAAAUCUUAUCAAAUAUCGAGAUGCUCAAAAAGAAGGUGAAAGUAAGGAUAAUGUACAAUUACUUACUAUCGCAAUUGUAUUCGCGUUUAUUCAUCUUACGAUUUUGAGAGAAAGGAAUAGGCAUUAUAAGGAUAUAUAUUCUAAAGGAUCAAAUGAAACUUAUGAAAAUGAUCUAAUACAAAAGGUACAGGAAUAUAAACAAUAUUUUAUAGAGAUGUAUGACAAAUGGGAAGAUUGGCGUAAAAGUCUCAUUAGUUUUGAAAACGGUUACGAUAAGAACAUUGAUUUUCCUUGUAUAGUACAAGAUAGUUUUCACGAUUUUUAUAUAUCCUUUAAAUGUCCGAAUUCAAUUGAUGAGAUAAGUGAGAAUAAACGUCGUAAAUUAUGUAUAGAUUCUCAAACGGCUUUUAUUAAUGAAGCGAAAAGCACAUUUAUGGAGAUGUAUCUAUUUACUUUCGAUUUGAAUAAAUUCUUACCUGGUAAAUGGGCAGCUCCUUCUGAAGCACCUAACCGAAAAAUUGGUACCCUUCAAUAUGGAAUUCUUGGAAAAAAUACUAUUCCAGAUCCAAAACAUUAUGGGACGGAUUAUGAUGAAGAUUUUCAAUUAAGUUCUGAUGAGCGUGGUAUCAUUAGAGGUUUAAACAUUCAUCAUUCUGAUGUGGUGCAUGGUUUAACGGUUAAAUACAAAGAUCGACCUUCGAUCACUGUAGGAGACGUAAAGGGUGGAGAAGUGACAACUAUUCGAGGUCUUAGUGAAGAUCAUUAUAUAACUUCGGUAGAAUUUUACUUUUAUGAUCGCAUCAUUAGCGGUAUUCAAUUUUAUUUCAACAGUACUCCAAACUCUGAUAUUCUUAAAAGUGACGUAGAGGCAAAUUCCACCGAUCUUUUGGGAAGUGACGUAAAUGCAAAUAGAUUUGUUAAUGGUCCUACUAAUGAUUUCAAAUUGGUAGGAAUUCAGAUGGCUUCAUCUAAAUCUUAUUCGAAAAAACUUGAUUGCUUGGGUUACUCUCUUUUAACUUUUGAACAUUUACGAAUAGCUGAAUAA